GGGGCCGAAAUGGGCGCCGGCGUGGGGCUGCCACACGUGGGAGGGCGCGGGCAGGGCUGGCCGCCGCCGUCGCUGCAGCUGUUGCUUCCUCCUCUAGGCCGCCUCGCGGCUGCCCGGCGCCCAGGUUCCUUCAGCCCAAACCCGAGGACUGCGCGCCCGCCGCCGCCUGCCUUUCUGCGCUCCCAUGAUCGCCCGGUGCCUUUCGGCUGUGCGAGGCCUCCGCAGAGUUGGUGGUUCCAGGGUUUUAUUCAGAAUGACUUUGGGAAGAGAAGUGAUGUCUCCUCUUCAGCCAAUGUCUUCCUAUACCGUGGCUGGCAGAAAUGUUUUAAGAUGGGAUCUUUCACCAGAGCAAAUUGAAGCAAAAACUGAGGAUCUCAUUGUGCAGACAAAACAGGUGUAUGAUGCCAUUGGAAUGCUUGACAUUGAGGAAGUAACUUAUGAGAACUGUUUGCAGGCACUGGCAGAUGUAGAAGUAAAAUAUAUAGUGGAACGAACUAUGUUGGACUUUCCCCAGCAUGUCUCCCCUGACAGAGAAGUACGGGCAGCAAGUACAGAAGCAGACAAAAAACUUUCUCGUUUUGAUAUUGAAAUGAGCAUGAGAGAAGAUAUAUUUCAGAGAAUUGUUCAUUUACAGGAAACCUGUGAUCUGGAGAAGAUAAAGCCUGAAGCCAGACGAUACUUGGAAAAGUCCAUUAAAAUGGGGAAAAGAAAUGGCCUCCAUCUUCCAGAGCAAGUACAGAAUGAAAUUAAAGCAAUGAAGAAAAGAAUGAGUGAGCUCUGCAUUGACUUUAAUAAAAACCUCAAUGAGGAUGACACCUUCCUUGUAUUUUCCAAGGCUGAACUUGGUGCUCUUCCAGAUGAUUUCAUUGACACCUUAGAAAAGACAGAUGAUGGCAAGUAUAAAGUUACCUUAAAAUAUCCACACUAUUUUCCUGUCAUGAAAAAAUGUUGUAUCCCUGAAACCAGAAGGAAGAUGGAAAUGGCAUUUCAUACAAGGUGCAAAGAGGAAAACACUGUAAUUCUCCAGGAACUCCUCCCACUGAGGGCCAAAGUAGCCAAACUACUCGGCUAUAAUACACAUGCAGACUUUGUCCUUGAAAUGAACACUGCGAAGAGUACAAGCAAUGUGACGGCCUUUCUAGAUGAUUUAAGCCAGAAAUUAAAACCCUUGGGUGAGGCAGAACGAGAGUUUAUUUUGAAUUUGAAGAAAAAGGAAUGUGAAGAGAAAGGUAUUGAAUAUGAUGGGAAAAUUAAUGCCUGGGAUCUCCAUUACUACAUGACUCAAACAGAGGAACUCAAGUACUCUGUGGAUCAAGAGAUCCUCAAGGAAUACUUUCCAAUCGAAGUAGUGACUGAAGGCUUGCUGAGCAUCUACCAAGAGUUGUUGGGACUUACGUUUGAGCAAGUGACAGAUGCUCAUGUAUGGAAUAAAAGUGUCACACUUUACACUGUGAAGGAUAAAGCUACAGGAGAAGUACUGGGACAGUUCUAUUUGGACCUCUAUCCAAGGGAAGGAAAAUACAACCACGCAGCCUGCUUUGGUCUCCAGCCUGGCUGCCUCCUCCCUGAUGGCAGCCGCAUGAUGUCUGUGGCUGCCCUUGUGGUGAACUUCUCACAGCCACUAGCAGGCCGCCCCUCUCUGCUGAGGCACGAUGAGGUGAGGACGUACUUCCAUGAGUUUGGUCAUGUCAUGCAUCAGAUCUGUGCACAGACUGAUUUUGCACGAUUUAGUGGAACAAAUGUGGAAACUGACUUUGUAGAGGUACCAUCACAAAUGCUUGAAAAUUGGGUGUGGGACAUUGAUUCCCUCCGAAGACUAUCAAAGCAUUAUAAAGAUGGCAGCCCUAUUGUGGAUGAUCUGCUUGAAAAACUUGUUGCUUCUAGAUUGGUCAACACAGGUCUUCUGACCUUACGGCAGAUUGUUUUAAGCAAAGUUGACCAGUCUCUCCAUACUAACACAUCGCUGGAUGCUGCGAGCGAAUAUGCCAAGUUCUGCGCAGAGAUUGCAGGGGUUGCAGCUACUCCAGGCACAAAUAUGCCAGCUACAUUUGGACAUUUGGCAGGGGGGUAUGAUGGCCAAUACUAUGGAUAUCUUUGGAGUGAAGUAUUUUCCAUGGACAUGUUCUACAGCUGUUUUAAAAAAGAAGGAAUAAUGAAUCCAGAGGUUGGAAUGAAAUAUAGAAACCUGAUCCUGAAACCUGGGGGAUCUCUGGACGGCAUGGACAUGCUCCAGAAUUUCUUGAAACGUGAGCCAAACCAAAAAGCGUUCCUAAUGAGCAGAGGCCUGCACGCUCCAUGAACUGGGGCUGUUUGGUCACAGUCCAUGUCUGGAGAACACGUCGACAUCGCCAUGUGUUACUGGCCUGGAAACUGAAGGGAGUUUUGAAAAUGAAAAUUUAGAUUUCUAUUGACUUCCUUUUUGUUUUUUUUAUUUGAGCUGGAAAAAAAAUGUAAAUGGAAUUAUAAAUACUGUGACCUAGAAAAAGACCCAUUUGAAAAUAAGUGUACUAUAAAAUCUUAUAAAAAUGGAUUGGAUUUCUUUUUUUAUAUAAAAAGUUUCGUAUGAAUGUAAUUUGAUUUUUUACUCUUGUAAUCUAGAAAUUAUAAUGUCAGAGGGCUAAGAAUUUUUAAAUUGAAUCAUAUAUGUUACCUAAUUUGAUCCUUCUUAUAUCUUGAAGUUUUAUACUCGGGAUUUCUGGACUGAUAAAUGAAUCAUCACAUUCCUCUGGUAAAUAUUUUCUUGGAGCCCUGCAUCAACUCCAAUUCUGUCUCAUAGCGAAGUGUGGCUUCUUUUGCCUUGCAUACCUCAGGGCUAGGGGAAUAUGCCUCAAUAAUGCAUUUAUCUUUGUAUUUCAGGCGCCAUGAUCCUGCCACACUUAAAUUAUAUUCCUCCCUUUGAUUUGGGUUUUCUGUAUGAAGUGCUAUCAGAGAAUACAAAAUCUUGUGAAAUUCAACUAAACUGGCUUAGUGCAUAUUGCAAGAUUUUUCUAACUUUGGCAUAUGAGCUAACUGGUACACUAAGCCAAGUUCAAGGGUAUUUUUCAUUUCUCAUCUUUCUGGUAUAUGGUAGAGAUUCACCCACAGUGGCACAUUGACACAAAAGACACUUUUGAGUGCCUAAGAGAACUCAGAGUGAUCAGGAGUUCAGAAAUGCAGAAGAGGAGUUGUUCUAGACUUAAGUUGUUUGAGGAGACCUACAAAAUCUUACAUGCAUGCUUACACUCAGUUGUGAGUUUAAGAGCUCAGGAGGCUCUCGAUAGCCUAUUUUGCCUUCUGGUUUUUAAAUAAAAGUUAGAAUCUCAAGCCCUUGCUACCAAAUAGGCCUCACUUCUAGGUUAACUCUGUAAGCUCACUCUACUUUUGUUUCCUCCAGGAAGUAAGGAAACUAAAGCAGGAUAAUUUCUUUAAACAUUCAAGUUUUGAGUGUUCUCUGCCUAGGUCUUCCAGCUGCUUCCCAGAUGGGUGUGCCUGAGCUAGGACUGUACCAGUCAGGAACAUCUUGUUCUCCAGUCCAAAUGAAUUUUGUCCUAAAUAAAAAGUCAUUUUGCUGCCUAAUAAAAUUAUAGACAGCAUGAAAGAUUAGAAACUAUAGCAGCAAAGAAAAGGAGUCUAAGAUUCUUAGUGUCAAGCAGAGACUGUAAAUAUCCACAUGAAAUCCUUGCCUUCCCAGGGAAUUGCCUGCCCUGGACGUCAAUCAGCAUCUCCACCUCUGGUACCAAAGUUGGAUUCUGUUUGUUUGUUUGUUAUGUUUAUUUUUUGUCCUCAAAGAAGCCCCUGGUACUUUUCUCAUGUUCUGUUUUCCAAUAUCAGACAAAACUCUCUUCAGCUUUUUCUACUGCCUAGUGUAUCUCCUUAGCAAUGCCUUUAUCAUUUUUAUAUCUUAACUUUUACAUGGAGAAACUAACACUUAGUGUAUAAAGGCUGCAAACAAUAAAGUUACAUUACUAUCCACAA